CCUUGUACAGCAUUGGUCCAAGUGUUUAUUUUUGGAAUCAUCUUCAAUAUUUCUCUCUAUUUACCUUGGAAUAUCUGUGUGUGUUUUCUCUUUCAUUUUCCAAGGAGAGGAGUUAAGCAAUGGAGUUUAGCCUUCAUAAUUUAUCAGUCAUUUGUUUGAUGCUUGUUUUCCUUAGUUUCCAAAUAGAUGCUGCAGAUAUUUUUCUUAAGUGGAAUGUAUCUUUGGAUUGGAACAUCAAGCCUGUCUCCUCUAAUCAAUCAGUGAUCACAAUUAAUGGGAUGUUUCCAGGGCCUCUUAUUAAUACUACGACGAAUGAUGUUGUUCAUGUUAAUGUUUUCAACAAUCUUGAUGAGCCUUUGUUAAUGACAUGGAAUGGUAUACAACAAAGGCUAAACUCUUGGCAAGAUGGUGUAUCGGGGACGAACUGCCCUAUCAAUCCUGGGCAAAAUUGGACUUAUGUGUUCCAAGUGAAGGAUCAGAUCGGUAGCUUCUUCUACUUCCCAUCCAUCAACUUCCAAAAAGCAGCGGGUGGAUUCGGCCCUAUAAGAGUCAAUAACCGAGAUGUGAUUCUUGUACCAUUCCCUAAACCAGAAGAAGAGUUUGAUCUUCUUAUUGGAGAUUGGCAUGUCUUACCCCACAAGGAUGCACGACAACUUGCUGCCGGUCCAUCGACUAAUCUUUCAACACCUCGCUACAUUCUAAUUAAUGGAAAGGGCUCUUACAACACUUCUUGGGCAAAGGAUCAUGAAACCAUUCAAGUUGAACAAGGGAAGUUGUAUAGAUUAAGAAUUUCAAAUGUCGGUACCGAAUUAAGCUUCAACUUCAGGAUUCAAAGUCAUGAGAUGAUUCUUGUUGAAACCGAAGGAUCGUAUACUAAUCAGAUAGUGCUCGACUCCCUUGAUGUUCAUGUUGGCCAGUCAUACUCUGUUCUUUUCACGGCGAACCAACAAGACUCUGAUUACUAUAUUGUCGCUACUCCGACACAAAUUAAUACUACUAAUUCUCCUGACUUAUGUGGUGUCGGAGUGCUACAUUAUAUGAACUCAAACUCUCAAGCUUCCGGUCCUUUGCCUCCCGGUCCGAAUCAGUUGGACCGUAAUUUCUCUAUCAGUCAAGCUAAGUCUAUCAGGUGGAACAUGACAACAGGAGCAGCAAGGCCUAAUCCUCAAGGAACAUUCAACGUUACCAAUGUUACAAUCUCUCAAACUUUUGUUCUUCAUGCUUCUGAGAUGAUAUUCAACAGCACUCGCCACUUCACUGUAAACAAUGUAUCAUAUUUGACACCAUCAACACCACUGAAGCUUGCUGAUUACUUCGCCAAUGGCUCUGGCGUGUACAAACUCGAUGCCUUCCCUGUUGCUUCAAUCUUGAAUGAAACAACAGGAGGAACAUUUGUUGUUUCUGGCAUUCAUAAGGGUUGGAUUGAGCUCAUCUUCAAGAAUGAUAAUAGUUUCAUGGAUUAUUGGCAUCUUGAUGGUUUUGGAUUCUAUGCGGUUGGGUUUGGUGAUGGUGAUUGGAGUCCACGCUCAAGAAGUUCAUAUAAUUUAUUUGAUCCUGUUGUUCGCUCUACCAUACAGGUGUAUCCUAAUGGAUGGUCGGCGGUGUAUGCAUAUCUUGAUAAUCCCGGCAUGUGGAAUCUCCGAUCUCAGCGGCUUCAAAACUGGUACUUAGGUGAAGAAAUGUAUAUUAGAGUCUUUGAUCCUGAUAAGAAUCCGGCGAAAGAACAGCCUCCACCUGAUAACCUUCUUCUUUGCGGUUUGUUUGAUGAUUUGAGCCCUUCACCCUCUCCUGCACCUUCUCCUACAGCACCAUAAACUCUUCAUUUAGAUAUUCUUAUUCUUUGCAUGUCUAGAUUUGAAAGGUUUUACGCAUAUUCUUGUAUGGAAAUAUUGCUGAAAAACAUAAAGAAAAGAAUGAGUUAAGGAUUACAAUGAAAUCAUGAGAGGGAGUAUAGCCUCACCUACUGAUAAUAAAUGUAACAAUAAAUGAAUUAAUUCCA